CCACCCACAGACAGAGUAUAUGAAUACCCAUCCCAAGGGUGGUUCUGCAGUGGGUGAGCAGGGGAUUGCGGUGUGCUUGUGUCGGUGCCGUGUUGUGCGCUACCAUUUACGAGCCGUCCCAGCGUGUCGAGUCCGAGAUCGGCGUCGCCUGAGUCCCCAUCCAACCACCAUGCCUGGUCACGCCAUCAAGAGCACCGGGCCCGACCCCGACCCGACCGAGUUCCUGUUCGUCUCCAUGGAACAGAAGAUGCUCGACCAGACCAAGCCUUACGACCCGAAGAAAUCCUGCUGGGUUCCGGACGAUAAGGAAGGCUACGUCGAGGGGGAGAUCCAAGGAGCGAAGGGCGAUACUAAGAUCAGCGUUCGUCUGAAGAGCGGCGAAGUCAAGGACUAUAAUAAGGACUCCGUGUCUCAGGUCAACCCGCCCAAGUAUGAGAAGGCUGAGGAUAUGUCUAACCUGACCUACCUUAACGACGCCUCUGUCUUGUACAACCUGAAGACCCGAUACAAGGCCAGGCUCAUCUACACCUACUCUGGCCUCUUCUGCAUCGUCGUCAACCCCUACAAGCGCUUCCCCAUCUACACCAACCGCACCGUCAAGAUCUACCAGGGCAAGAGGCGUAAUGAGGUGCCUCCUCACCUGUUCGCCAUUGCUGAUGGUGCCUACAUGGCUAUGAUUCAAGAAGGUUUCUUUGAAUAUCAAUUUUCUUGCCUGAUUUCAGCUAUAUGUUUCCUGAGUAACGACAUCUACGACUACCAUUAUGUGUCCCAGGGGAAGGUCACAGUUCAGUCUAUUGACGACAGAGAAGACAUGCAGUUUACUCACGACGCCUUCGAUAUUCUGAACUUCACCCAUACUCAGAGAGACAACUGUUACAGGAUAACGGCAGCUGUUAUGAACUUCGGUUGUUUGAAGUUCAAACAGCGAGGUCGCGAAGAGCAGGCUGAACCUGACGGCACCGAUCCUGGUAUCAUCAUUGGGAAACUGCUUGGUGUUGACGGCGAGGAGCUUUACAAGAGUUUAUGCAAGCCUAAGAUUAAGGUCGGUGCUGAGUUCGUGACUCAGGGCAGGAAUGUAGAGCAAGUGCUGUACUCCUGUGGCGCCUUAGCCAAGGGUCUCUUCGACCGUUGCUUCAGGUGGCUGGUCAAGGUGUGCAACGUCACUCUGGAGACUGGCCAGAAGCGAGCUAUGUUCAUCGGAGUGCUCGACAUUGCAGGAUUCGAGAUCUUCGACUUCAACGGCUUCGAGCAGAUCUGCAUCAACUUCUGUAACGAGAAGUUGCAGCAGUUCUUCAACCACCACAUGUUCGUGCUUGAGCAAGAGGAGUACAAGGCCGAGGGCAUUGACUGGGUCUUUGUCGACUUCGGUAUGGAUCUGCAGGCUUGCAUUGAGCUCUUCGAAAAGAAACUUGGUAUCCUCGCCAUUCUUGAAGAAGAGUCUAUGUUCCCGAAGGCCACUGACAAAUCCUUCGAAGAAAAGCUGAAGACCAACCAUCUUGGGAAGUCCCCUGUCUUUGUGAAGCCUAAGCCUCCCAAGCCCGGCCAGGCCGAGGCCCACUUCGCCAUCGUCCACUACGCCGGCACGGUGCCCUACAACCUCUCCGGCUGGCUCGAGAAAAACAAGGACCCCCUCAACGACACCGUCGUGGACCAGCUCAAGAAAUCUGUCAAUGAACUGACUGUGGAACUUUUCGCUGAUCACCCCGGGCAGUCGGGCCCACCUGAGGCUAAGGGCAAGGGCGGGAAGAAAGCAUCCACGGGAUUCAAGACGGUGUCCUCCGGCUACAAGGACCAGCUCAACAACCUCAUGAGGACGCUGAACUCCACCGAGCCGCAUUUCAUCCGCUGCAUCGUGCCUAACGAAACCAAGUCUCCGGGCGUUGUCGAAGCCGCUCUCGUCAUGCACCAGCUGACCUGCAACGGCGUGCUCGAGGGCAUCCGUAUCUGCCGCAAGGGCUUCCCCAACAGGAUUCCCUAUCCGGACUUCAAGCACCGGUAAGUUUUCCUUGCCAUUCAGGACGCAUCAGACCGGUUGCAGCGGGAGGAGGAAACGCGCUCCAAAUUGUUCCAAGAAAAGAAAAGAGGAGACCAAGACGUUCUGAACAUGAAAAGAGAUGUUGAGGACUUUGAGGUAAAUGUUCAGAAAAUAGAGCAAGAAAAAUCUACCAAGGAUCAUCAGAUCCGCACUCUCAACGACGAGAUCGCCCACCAGGAUGAGCUCAUCAAUAAGGUCAACAAGGAGAAGAAGCAGCUACAGGAAAUGAAUCAGAAGACAGCUGAGGAUCUGCAGAACAUCGAGGACAAGGCCAAUCACCUGAACAAGGUCAAGGCGAAGCUGGAGCAAACCCUGGACGAACUGGAGGACUCAGUAGAACGGGAGAAGAAAAUGCGAGCGGAAGUCGAGAAAAACAAGAGGAAGAUUGAGGGCGAUCUGAAACUGAGCCAGGAAGCCGUUGGCGACAUGGAGCGCAAUCACCGAGAACUGGAGCAGACUAUUCAGCGUAAGGACAAAGAGCUGGGAUCCCUUGCCUCUAAGCUCGAGGACGAGCAAGGGCACGUGUCCAAAGUGCAGAAGUCCAUCAAGGAGCUCCAGUCUCGCAUUGAGGAAGUCGAGUCCGAGGUCGAGCACGAACGCCAGGCACGCGCCAAGGCGGAGAAGUCGAAGAGCAAUCUGUCGCGCGAGCUGAUGGAACUCAACGAGCGUCUGGACGAGGCCGGCGGCGCCACGGCCGCCCAGAGCGAGCUCAACAAGAAGCGCGAGACCGAGCUGGCCAAGCUGCGCAGGGAGCUCGAGGAGUCUACCAUCCACCACGAAGCGGCACUUGCUGUGCUGCGCAAAAAGCACACCGACGCCAGCGCAGAGAUGUCGGACCAGAUUGAUCAUCUCAACAAGUCGAAGGCCAAGAUUGAGAAGGAAAAGGAACUACUGAGGUAUCAGGCAGAUGAAGCAAAGGCAGCGAUGGAUUCUCUCACCCGCGACAAGGCCGCCGCCGAGAAGGCCAACAAGGGCAUUCAGAAUCAAAUCCUCGAAGUGAGCUCCAAGCUGGACGAGGCCGCUCGCACUCUCAACGACUUUGACGCCGCCAAGAAGAAGUUGGCGAUCGAGAACGGGGAUCUCCUGCGCCAGCUGGAGGAAGCUGAGAGCCAGAUCCACCAGCUGAACAACCUGAAGGCGUCACUCACGACCCAGCUAGAGGACACCAAGAAGGCUGCCGAAGACGAAGGGAAGGACCGCUCUAUUUUGCUUGGCAAAUUCCGCAACUUGGAGCAUGACCUCGAUGGCCUUCGCGAGCAGCUGGAGGAGGAGAGCGAGGCCCGGGCCGACGCCAACCGUAUGCUGUCCAAGGCCAACGCUGAGGCCCAGAUGUGGCGCGCCAAGUAUGAGUCGGAGGGCCUGGCUCGAGCCGAGGAGAUCGAGGCAGCUCGCCUGAAGCUUGCCGCUCGCCUCGAAGAAGCGGAGUCGCAGAUCGAGCAGCUUAACCUCAAGAACUUGCAGCUUGAAAAGUCCAAACAACUUGUUUGCAGCCAGGUUGAUGAAAUGCAAGUCGCAGUUGAUCAUGCUCAGAACUUGGCCAAUGCUGCCGAAAAGAAACAAAGGAACUUCGACAAAGUUGUAGCGGAGUGGAAGCUUAAGGUCGAACAACUAGCAGGUGAACUCGAAGCUUCACAGAAAGAGUGUCGCAAUUACUCUACAGAGCACUUCAGAGUGAAGGCUGCCUAUGAAGAGAAUCUAGAGCAACUUGAUUCCGUGCGCCGUGAGAACAAAAAGCUUGCCGAUGAGAUUAAGGACAUGAUGGAGCAAAUCAGCGAAGGCGGCAGAGGCUUCCAUGAGGUUCAGAAGACUUCGAAACGACUCGAGAUUGAGAAGGAGGAACUUCAGGCUGCCCUUGAGGAAGCCGAGACAGCCCUCGAGCAAGAAGAAAAUAAGGUGCUGCGAGGCCAGCUGGAGCUUAGCCAGGUUAGGCAGGAGAUCGACAAGCGUAUCCAAGAGAAGGAGGAAGAAUUUGAAAACACGCGUAAGAGCUACCAGCGUGCUAUCGACUCUAUGCAAGCUUCUCUUGAGGCUGAAGCUAAGAGCAAGGCUGAGGCACUCCGUAUGAAGAAGAAGCUGGAGUCUGACAUCGGGGAACUUGAAGUUGCGAUCGAUUGCUCCAACAAGGCGAAUGCUGAUAUACAGAAGAGCAUCAAGAAAGCUCAGCUUGACCUUCGAGACUUGCAGGUUCGCAUUGAGGACGAGCAGCGCCUCGCCUCCGAGUACCGCGAACAGCACGCGGCUGCCGAGCGACGCGCCAACGGCAUAAACAGCGAGUUGGAGGAAUCCCGCACUCUGCUCGAGCAAUCGGACCGCGGACGACGCCAGGCGGAGGCCGAACUCGCCGACGCCAACGACUCGAUCGGGACGCUCUCCGCUCAGCACGGCUCUCUCACGGUGGCCAAGAGGAAGCUGGAGGGGGAGCUGCAGACCCUACACGCUGAUCUAGACGAGAUGCUCAAUGAAGCUAGACACUCCGAGGAGAAGGCCAAGAAGGCCAUGGUUGACGCCGCUCGCCUGGCCGACGAGCUCCGCGCCGAGCAAGAGCACGCCCAGAACCAGGAGAAGAUGCGCAAAGGCUUGGAGCUCUCGAUCAAAGAACUUCAAGCUCGCCUGGAGGAAUGUGAAACAAAUGCGAUGAAGGCUGGAAAGAAGGCCGUUGCCAAGCUGGAAGGCCGCCUCCGUGAGCUGGAGACUCAGCUGGACGACGAGAGUCGCCGUCACGCCGACGCCCAGAAGAACCUGAGGAAGUGCGAGAGGCGCAUCAAGGAGCUCACCUUCCAGUCCGACGAGGACAAGAAGAACCACGAGAGGAUGCAGGACCUGGUCGACAAGCUCCAGCAGAAGAUCAAGACCUACAAGCGCCAGAUCGAGGAGGCCGAGGAGAUCGCCGCCCUCAACCUGGCCAAGUUCCGCAAGGCCCAACAGGAGCUGGAGGAAGUUGCCACUCGUGGAUAGGCAGGAUAUGCAUGUGUAAAACUAUUAAAGCUGUAGUGAAAAUCAGGAUUAUGUCGCCCUUUCUUAGUGCUCCCUACCCCGCUCGCUAAAUCAGCAAAGCCAACGCUUAUCUCGCGUGUGGGUGCUGUCAGCCAUGGACCUGCCGAGAUAGAGAUAGUGAGGGUAGUUUUAAAGACGCUGAUGCUGAGCCUAAGGAUGAGAGUUUAUCUCUAAGCGCUUUUCAGAUUUACAUUGGCUUGUGUGAAAAAUUGUGUUCAGAAUUAAUAAAGGCAAUAUAAAAUUCAA